AUGGUGCCCCCGCACAUACUGCUCGUACAACUCAGCAGUGAAGUUCUGAGUGGCUUUCUGCGCAAAGAGGAAUGGCCAUCCAACUCCCCGGACCUCAACCCGAUUGAGAACUGCUGGGGUAUCCUGAACAGUUGGGUCUUCCACAUCCCACCUCCUACCAUUAUAAAUCAGCUCAAUGCGAGGGCUGUGGAGGACCAGAGUCUGAUGGUUCACUUCCUGUUGCUCCCUAAAACUCAAGAAGAUAGACCAAUGGAGAAAUUCAUUUUACUCUUCGUCAGUUUUGUAGCCUUUACAGGUUUGACUAAUGGAGCUGGUUUGUUACCAGACACUAUGACGGCAGCAGAGGGAGGGACAGUGAUGUUCACUACAGUGUCUCCACCAGCAGGGCCAUUUGCAUUAAUUAACUGGUUGUUUGGUAAUAAACCAAUAAUCAUCGCAACUCCUGAUCCAGGCACACCUUUUCCAGGUUAUGAGGGAAGAGUCACCAUCUUCCCUGAUACUGGUUCUCUGGAGCUCAGGAAUCUGUCUCUCAGUGACAGUGGAGAAUACACAGUAAGAAUUCUAACUUCAGCUGAUCAUGCUGGGACAACAACACUGGAGGUUGUCGGAGCAGCUGGUUUGCAGACCUCAGAGCGCUGGCUGGAGCUUCAAUGUGAAGUGGUUCACACAAAGAGAAUUUCAAAUCCCUCUAUCACACCAACAAACGUGGCGAUUGAAGGGAACAAUCUCAACUUAAUCUGUGACGCUGCUGGCUCUAUGCUUACCAGGAAGUGGUUAAAGGAUGGAUCGGAUCUGACUCUGUCUGACAAUAUUACACUUGAUGAUGACAACAGAGUGCUGUCCUUUCAGCCUCUGAAUAGAGCAGACAGAGGCAUAUAUUCCUGUAACAUCACCAACCCCAUCAGCACCAUGGAGGCUGAACACACCUUGGUUGUGAACUAUGGACCUGACAAAGCUCAAAUCAAGGGAGAAAGUAAAAUAAACUCGGGAUAAACCUUCACAUUAACCUGCUCCGCUGAGUCUGAACCAUCUGCUAGCUUCACCUGGAUACUGAACGGGAAAGUGGUUCACAGUUCUGCUGAGUAUAAGAAGAAAGCUGAACCCUCUGACAGUGGAAACUACA